CGGAAAUUUCUGACCCGCACUGACUCCGCAGGUGUAGCUCAUUAGCAUAGGCCCGUGAUCCUUUUAACAAUGACGUCACACAAACGCAAAAAACAAAAACAAAAACCAUCCAAAUGGCACCGCUAGUAAAGAUUAAAGAAUUACGUAAAACUGCAUCUACAGUACGGCAGUUGGUUUACCUUGUCUACCAAAUAUUGAGCAAAUAAAUUAUACCAACAAACUGUUUUGGAAUACUAUACAGUAUUUUAUGAAGAAUACAAACAAAACGCUGGAUGUUCAUUGUGACGCUUACAUUCAACUUAUUUUCACCCCUUAACUCGUGAAUUUAUCUUGUGCAAAAAAAUCAAACAGUACCCCAAGAAAUUUUCAAUCAUUUUUUCUGUAUCAAUGAAAUGCAUUAUGGGAAGAUGCAUUGUGUAUUUGUAUUAUUAAAAUGUUCCCUGCCAUCUCUCCCAAUUAACAUGCAUAAUGGACUUUGGUGGCUAUCCGUGGUAAUGAAUGAGUUUUUGAGGACACUCUAAGAUACAGUAUUACUAACACCCUUUGCACAUUCAAACAGGACCAAUGUGUCCAUUCACAAUGCAGAGCACUACAUUGUGGAUAGAAGGUGAUUAUGAAUACAGUCCCAUAUUCAACCUCUUGGUGCUUAUAAUACAUUAAAAGCAUGUGCCCAAAAUACAUUAAACUGUGCCAUGUUCUUUCAGUCUCUAUUUCGAGAUGUGAGGCCCUAUUUUAGGUAGGCAGGUGCACAUGCGCUCAGUAUAAAAAUUGGCACAUCUUUAUUUUCGCGCAGUGGCAAGUCUAGUUUACCAUCAUCACGGGGAAUAUAGCAGACCGCACUGCACCUCACUGGAUGUUUGAAGGGUGUUUUUUUUAAUUAUACGCCCACAGCUCACCUGACGGUUUCUUGACAGAAAGUAGCCUCGAAUUUAUGCCAGCUAAAAGCCGGUUUAACCUUUGUCACAGGUGGUGCAACGUGAUUUUGGUUGAUUUGAUCGAUGCAGUGGUAGACAGAUCCUGAGCUCCGCGCAUGUGUGUGAUGGAUGUCCUCGUAUUUCAUUACAAAAUAUGACAGCAGAGUAGGAAAAUUCCUCUGAAUUAUUGUAGAAAUUAAUUCAUUCAACAAAUUAUUUCUAUCAACACCAUUUGAAUAUUUUUAAGGCACCUGCAGUACAACUACAGGGGAGGUUGUCACACACAGACGCAGGAUCGGUAUUAGAAGGCGGUAAAAUUUACAUAAUUCGCAAGUGGAGAUCUUCUUGCAUUUCCUUUGAAAUUACAGAAAAGUACUUUGUGCACGCUGAUCUCCUGCGUCUUCAUGCCAUGUAGACUAUACUCCCUGUUCUGGACUGAAUUUUAGGAAAUGAAUGGACCGGAGUCAACAUUCCCUCCCACAACAGCAGAAACACUCCCGUCUACUAGCGCCGGAAGAAAACUCCCAACCAUGCACACAGUUAAACUGUGAUUUGUGUUAGACUUUUGCUGGGCACGAAAAUAGUGCCGAAGCUUGUUUUGUUUACAGUUCAGAACUGUCUCUGUGCUCCUACCAGGACCCAAAUGGAGGCUCACUGUACAUUAACAUAUGCAGCUGGAAGCGUGUACCAGCAUCCCAGGAUUCCAAUAAGCCAAUACCUGUGUAUGCUGGAAGCCUGGAAACACACAAAGAUGAAGGUGCUUACACAGUGCUGGACAUAGCAUUUAACCCUGAGGUGCUCGAGGACUGUAAAAAAGACGAGGCUGGGAUGGACCAGGUCUACAUGUUAGCUCUAAGCUUUGCCCAGCAGCAGCAUGGACUCAUGUUGUCUCAGCAGUAUAAUGUCGUUAGCCUUUGCCCCAAAAAUGGCCCAGAGGACUUGCGCCGCCGCCUCGGCUUCCAACAGCAGCGACUGACGACAGACAAACAGUCAAAUGCAGCCAGUCAGAGCCCGGAAUCUCUCCUGGAGCAGAUCAACUCUCUGCGGCUGGCCAAAGAUGACACAGGGCCGCCGGUUGAAAUCGUCUGUCAGCCAGCCGUUCGCAAAAAGGGCUUGAUUGAGGUAAUCUCCUCCACCACGUUCGAGCAGCCCGAGAAGCCCGAGUAUCGACUCGAGGUGAAGACCCUUGAUGAGGGAUUUCCAUGCAAGCUGGAGCUGACUGUAGAGCUGCCCAAGAUUAGCUCCAUGUCGGAGUGGCAGCUUAAGAUGUCCAAGGAUGAUGCCAUGUUAGAGGUGGAGGACAUCUACUACCUGCUGGUGGACUUCCCAAGCGCUGUAAAUGAAAACAGCGCCGUUGCCAUCUUUAACAAGCGGAGGCGGAGACUCACGGUGACGGCGGAUAUUUUAUGACAUCUGCGGACUGGGAAAGAUUAACGUGAAAGUCAAAAUAAAAUACUGAAAAAUGCGACAGGUCGGUAGAAUUGUUCAAGGGGGGAAAAGGCAGGCGGACAGACAGACAGAUUGAUUUGGGUACAACAUCUCUGAUUCUGUGGCACAUAUUGGUAUGAGCUAACAGUGCCUCCAAUAAGUGACACACCCGAUUGCACAAAAUUGCAGCGCAGUUCAUUUUCACCUUUUAGUACGAAGGAGUAUUAUGCAAGUAAAUUCAUUUAGCCUGCACAUUGUGAUUUAUCAGACCUAUGCACUUGUUUUUCGGAUCUGCGGUCCCAAGUUUGAAAGGCAAUGUUACACAGAAUAGGCAUAUGCAGGAGAUCUGAUUUCCAUGCACUCUGGGUGAAUUAAAUCCAACAAAACGUUGGUAGGCCCCCAAAUUACUGGAGCGACAGAUUUUUUUGUAAUCGUCAUGCCCUUUCUGUAUAAGACGUUUUAGCUUCUGUACAUGCAAAACACGCUAACCACUGGACCACUUUGACAUCACAGUGCAGAGGUACCAGGUUCAUUUCCAGCUUCGGCCUCCCUGUGUGGAGUUUGCGUGUUCUCUCCGGGUACUCCGGUUU